AUGCUUUCAUCUCUUCAUCCGUUCACAGCUUUAAAGGUACAUUUCAAGGUGUCAGUGGAGCUUCAGUUCAGAGAUGCAGAGACCCUGAAUCUCACCCUGUAUGGUGGCAAUAAUCAGAGCUCUUUACUCCUCAACCUACCCGAGGAGGAGGAGGAGGAAGAGGAGGAGGAGGAAAAGAAUAAGGAUGAUGAAGGUCAGAGGAAAGCAUUUUACUGCUGUUUCCCUGCCUCACCCACCUCGGAGUCAGCCAAUCAAAGCCGCUGUCUCCUUUGGCUCGCCAAUCAAACAGUUUUGACUGCAACAGAAAAGGGAAAGCUGCCAUGGAAACGGCCACAGAAAGAUGAGUGGCGGUGUGUGUUCAGGGUGCUCUGGCUGGCUCUGCUGUUUGUGGUGUUGCUGGCUGUAGUCACAACUCUGCUCAGACAAAUCUACAGUGGGAGAUGCUUGUUGAAAAAGCCCAAGGUGCGCCCUGUUGUUUACCACUUCACUGGCCAGCAUUUGAACGACGGUGAGAAGCACACAGAAAGCAUCAUUCCUAAAGAGACGAUCAUUCACUCCUAUGGGUCCCGGCCCUGGUCAGGACUGUCACCCAUUCAAGAAGUUGACACUCAAGACGAUAUAGAAACUCUGCUGGAUGGAACUGUUGAUAACUGCUAUACAGCAAACCUGCAUCAUCGUGGCCAUCCUUCCACCUCCUCCCUCACAGAGGAGCAGGCGUGGUGACAGAGGAGCAGCCAUAAGAGCACAGAUGAGCUAAAGUUCAUUGGAGAAAAAUAAAAAAGGAACGCUUCAAUUGCCAGCUACCUUUAUGGUGAAAAUAAAAACAUCUGAGACACAU